AUGGAGACCCUGCUUGGUGGCCUGCUGGCGUUUGGCAUGGCGUUUGCCGUGGUCGACGCCUGUCCCAAGUACUGCGUCUGCCAGAACCUGUCUGAGUCGCUGGGGACCCUGUGCCCAUCCAAGGGGCUGCUCUUCGUGCCCCCGGACAUCGACCGGAGGACGGUGGAGCUGCGUCUGGGCGGCAACUUCAUCAUCCACAUCGGCCGCCAGGACUUCGCCAACAUGACGGGGCUGGUGGACCUGACCCUAUCCAGGAACACCAUCAGCCACAUCCAGCCCUUCUCCUUCCUGGACCUCGAGAGCCUCCGCUCCCUGCACCUCGACAGCAACCGGCUGCCCAGCCUCGGGGAGGACACGCUGCGCGGCCUGGUCAACCUGCAGCACCUCAUCGUGAACAACAACCAGCUGGGCGGCGUUGCCGACGAGGCCUUCGAGGACUUCCUGCUGACGCUGGAGGACCUGGACCUCUCCUACAACAACCUCCACGGCCUGCCCUGGGACUCCGUGCGCCGCAUGGUCAACCUGCACCAGCUGAGCCUGGACCACAACCUGCUGGACCACAUCGCCGAGGGCACCUUCGCCGACCUGCAGAAGCUGGCCCGCCUGGACCUCACCUCCAACCGGCUGCAGAAGCUGCCCCCGGACCCCAUCUUCGCCCGCUCCCAGGCCUCCGUGCUGGCCGCCACGCCCUUCGCCCCACCCUUGUCCUUCAGUUUCGGGGGGAACCCCCUGCACUGCAAUUGUGAGCUCCUCUGGCUGCGGAGGCUGGAGCGGGACGAUGACCUGGAGACCUGUGGCUCCCCGGGGGGCCUCAAGGGCCGCUACUUCUGGCACGUGCGCGAGGAGGAGUUUGUGUGCGAGCCGCCUCUCAUCACCCAGCACACGCACAGGCUGUUGGUUCUGGAGGGCCAGGCGGCCACACUCAAGUGCAAGGCCAUUGGGGACCCCAGCCCCCUCAUCCACUGGGUGGCCCCGGAUGACCGCCUGGUGGGGAACUCCUCAAGGACCGCCGUGUACGACAACGGCACCCUGGACAUCCUCAUCACCACGUCUCAGGACAGCGGUGCCUUCACCUGCAUCGCCGCCAAUGCCGCCGGGGAGGCCACGGCCACGGUGGAGGUCUCCAUCGUCCAGCUGCCACACCUCAGCAACAGCACCAGCCGCACGGCGCCCCCCAAGUCCCGCCUCUCGGACAUCACUGGCUCCAGCAAGACCAGCCGGGGAGGGGCAGGCAGCGAGGGUGGGGAGCCUCCCAAGAGCCCCCCAGAACGAGCUGUGCUUGUGUCUGAUGUGACCACCACCUCGGCCCUGGUCAAGUGGUCGGUCAGCAAGUCAGCGCCCCGGGUGAAGAUGUAUCAGCUGCAGUACAACUGCUCCGACGAUGAGGUACUGAUUUACAGGGAAGUGCCCCUUUCCAACAAGGCCUUCGUGGUCAACAACCUGGUGUCCGGGACCGGCUACGACCUGUGCGUGCUGGCCAUGUGGGACGACACGGCCACGACGCUCACGGCCACCAACAUCGUGGGCUGCGCCCAGUUCUUCACCAAGGCCGACUACCCGCAGUGCCAGUCGAUGCACAGCCAGAUCCUGGGCGGCACCAUGAUCCUGGUCAUCGGCGUUGACCUGAUGGGGGCCUUCGCCUCCCUGGACCUCAAGAGUCAGAGAAGGGAGGAGCUGCUGGACUCCAGGACUCCAGGCGGGAGAGGGUCUGGGACGCCGGAGGGCCACUACUCGGACCGAGAGCCGCUGCUGGGACCACCUGCGGCCCGGGCCAAGAGCCUGCUCCCCCUGCCCCUGGAGGGCAAGGCCAAACGCAGCCAUUCCUUCGACAUGGGGGACUUCGCAGCUGCAGCGGUGGCAGCGGGAGGGGGCGCCCCGGGUGGCUACAGCCCCCCUCGGAGGGUCUCGAACAUCUGGACGAAGCGCAGCCUCUCUGUCAAUGGCAUGCUCUUGCCCUUUGAGGAGAGUGACCUUGUGGGGGCCCGGGGCACGUUUGGCAGCUCCGAGUGGGUGAUGGAGAGCACGGUGUAG